AUGUCACUUUCUGUUUGUUCAAGUGCUAAUCGACGUUAUUACUUUCAGUUCAACAAUAACAAGCCAAUUGUCCGAAAUGCUUGCAUAGUUUGCGUUGAACGCGCUAUCAGUUUCAGCAAGACAAACGCUCAAAAGGGCUCAUUUGGCUUCAUUGGCUCAGGGUGGUUGUGUCGGGAACCUAAUUCUAAGGUCCCCGUUUCGAUUCCCGGUGUCAAUGAGGUAAGGCGAGCAAUGAGAAUGCAAAAGACUAAGAACGCUGCUGAAAAUGGAACACUUGCAAUGCGGCCGUUCCCAUGGGUUUACCGCACUACAAAUGAAACUCUGGGAGUUGGUUGUCUUUGUCAUUGA